CGCUCUAUAUUCUGCCGUCGCUCUAUAUUCUGCCGUCCCUCUAUAUUCUGCCGUCCCUCUAUAUUCUGCCGUCCCUCUAUAUUCUUUUUAUUUAUUUCGAUUUUUACUUAUUUGGUAUUUUUUUGGUGAUUGAUUCUCCGCACAGCUGAACGCAUCUGGAGCCGUCGACUUCUGUUUGUACGAGGAGAUUUUUUGGCUGUGUUCUCAUUGUAAAGCAAACACUCCACGCUCCCCCCGCUCUUUGGGAAGGAACUAGGCUAAUAACGCUCUUGAAAGAGUGACUGCGCUGACCAUCUCGGUAAAUCCCUUAUCGGCGCAGAGUGUUUGGAUUGCUUUCAAUUUGCCACAUAAAUAUUCUUGUUUGCUCAGAGCUCAAAAUAUUUACCUUGGGACGGAGGCUUCGCGGGAGCUGCGCACGGUGUUGAUGAGGACGAUGUUUCUGUCUUUGGGUUAGGACAUGUAUCCGGCUUCUCCUCUCCGUCCGAUCCGGUGGAUGAAGAGCGGAUGAUGGGUUUUAUCUUCUGAGUUUUCCUUCUUCUGCUUCUCCAAUGCUCCAGAACGUUUCUUCCACUCUGAAUUGCAGCCUCUGCGGCACAAGUCUACUGGGAGACACGGUGAAGAUUUCUCUCAUGAUUUUACUCAUCGUCACCAUCACGGUCGGCAAUGUGGUGAGUCUCUUAGUCUUCUUGAGGACCAAGCAGCUCCGGACGUCUCAGGGCUUCCUGAAAACUUCUCUGGCUCUGGCAGACCUGGCGGUCGGAGUGUUGGUUGUGCCUUAUUCCGUAUACAUGGAACUUAGCCGGAUUGUUUACGGGCUGGAAACACUUGAAGGAACAUCUCCGUCCACUUUGACCUCGCAGGUACCGUGUUUCAUCAUGGGACUUAUUUUUGCCAGUUGCACUUUUGUCUCCAUCUCCACCAUCUUCUUGCUGUCGGUAGAGCGGAGCAUAGCCGUACUGAAGCCGCUCCACAAGCAGAUUGUGAUCACCAGGAAGAGAACAGGGUGUCUCAUUGUCUUCUCCUGGAUCUUCAGCUUCAUGCUCGCUAUGGUGCCCAUGAUCUUCAGCCCAAACAUAUCUCUGGAAUACAAUUUGUGCAGCAAAAUGUGCAACUACGUGGUCACCGCCAUGCAACCCCAGGACCCUGCCCUUAAUAUAAUGCUCAUCUUUCCGGUUUUUGACUUUUCACUGUUGGGCGGCACUUUUGCCAUAAAUUUUGUCACCUUUGCGGCCAUUCGGCAGUACUGUAAGGUGAGGAAGCAGCUGGAGGUGGAGGUCCAGAGCACCUGCAGCAAGGUGUCCUUCUCAGACAUCGCCGCCGCCAAAACCAUCGGCAUCCUCACGUUCGCCUUCUCUGCCUCCUUCAGCCCCAUCGCCGUCUUCGUGGUGGGCAACGUCCUGGGCUACGUCUGGUGCGAAUUCUCUUUCUACGCCUUCUGGAUCCUCACCUCCAACAGUUGCUGGAACGUCGUCAUCUACAGCGUCCGGGACUUGAGGUUCAGACAAGGUGUCCGGGAACUUUUCAGCAGACAACAAGAGUCCAAGUCACCGAACCACCAGCCGAGACCCCCGUGCCCGGUGAAGGAGGACACCUCCUCUCCAUGCGUAGCUGUCCUCAAAGAGAUCUUCCGGCCAGAAACUGCUUGACCUUCUGAGACCUCGAAUCUUCAUUCUGCCGUGCAGUCGGCCAACUUAGUAAAGAAGGGGUUAAAUGCCUGUGCCAUGUCUCAGAUCCCACUAAAGCCGAUGCAGCUGCCCUGUGCACAAUACCGGGGAAGGAACGCAACGUUAUGGCCACCUCUGGCACUUAACACUUUCCUCUCCAGGACUGGUGGUUCGGCACAAGGCAGAACGUUAAAUAGGACAUUGCUAGUCGGGAAACAUGCGUGUUCUCAGUGUACGGGUGUGCAUGAUACUAAUACAGAUGGUUUUAUUGUUACUCUAGGAAAGGAUGAUGCAUUUAAGCUCA